AUGAGUGCCAGACUGGUGAUUUCUGUGUCAUGGUGUGUUGCAGGACCUGCGGCGUCCGUGGAGGCUGUGGAGGGUCGCAGUGUGGCGCUGCCGUGCAACGUGACGCCGCCUAGGCACGACAAGCUCUACAUGGUCUUCUGGUUCCGCGACGACCAGGGCUUCCCGCUCUACAGCUUCGACGUGCGCGGGCGGCCCCUGAGCCAGGCGUCGCACUGGUCGUCUCCGGACGCGUUCGGGCCGCGCGCCUUCUUCCGGACGACGCCUUCGCCGGCGGAGCUGGUGCUGGAGGACGUGCGCCUCCGGGACGAGGGCGCCUACCGCUGCCGCGUCGACUUCCGGCACGCGCCCACCCGCUCCUACACAGUCCACCUCACCGUCGUAGUUCUUCCAGAGCGGCCGCUGCUGCUGGACAGGUGGGGAAGACCCAUCAAUUCGACGCUGGGUCCCCUGCAAGAGGGCGACCACGUGUACCUCACGUGCAGAGUCGUUGGAGGCAAGCCGGAGCCGGCGGUGCGGUGGCUGCUGGAGGGCCGCGUGCUGGACGAGGAGAGCGAGCAGCGGUCGGGGCACGUGGUGGACAACCGGCUGGCGCUGCGCGGCGUCUCCAGGCGGCUGCUCGGUGCCGCCCUCACCUGCCGAGCCUCCAACACGGCGCUCGCCGACCCCCGCCAGACCUCCGUCACGCUGGACCUGCUGCUGUCUCCACUGUGGGUGCGGUUGACGGUGCCGCGUGACCCCCUGGAGGCGGGUCGCCGCUACACGCUGCGCUGUGAGGCGGCGGGUUCCAGGCCCCCCGCCACCAUCUCCUGGUUCCGCGCUGGCAGGCACGUCGCCACCUCACAGGAGCGGUCAGGCGGCAACGUGUCGCUAAGCGAGCUGACGCUGCGCGCCGGCCCGGAGGACGACGGGGGGCAGGUGGCGUGCCGCGCCCACAACCCCCGGCUGCCCGCCGCCAGGCUCGAGGACGCCCGCACCCUCUCCGUGCUGUACGCGCCGAUGGUGACGCUGCGGCUGGGCCCCACCCUCAGCGCGGAUGACGUCAAAGAGGGCGACGACGUCUACUUCGAGUGCCACGUGGCGGCCAACCCUCGCUGGACGCGCCUCCACUGGCUGCACGACGGCUCGCCGCUGGAGCACCGGCCGCCAUCUGGGGUGAUCGUGAGCAACCAGAGCCUGGCCUUACAGCGGGUGCGACGGCAGAGCGCCGGGCGGUACGUGUGCGCCGCCGCCAACACGCAGGGGGAGGCCGCCUCGCAGGAGCUGCACUUCCGCGUCAAGUACGCGCCGUACUGCGAGGAGGAGGGCGAGUCGGUGGUGGGCGCGACGCGGCAGGAGACGCUGGAGGUGUGGUGCCGCGUGUCGUGCGACCCGCCGGCGCUCGCCUUCCACUGGCAGUUCAACAGCUCCGGCGAGACGGUCGAGGUGGCAGCGGCGCGCUUCUCCAGCAACGGCAGCGCGUCCCUGCUGCGCUACACGGUGCGCUCCGAGCUCGACUACGGCACGCUGCUGUGCUGGGCGCGCAACGCCGUGGGCGCACAGGCCCGGCCCUGCGUCUUUCAGGUAGUCGCCGCAGGACGGCCGUUCCCGGUGCGCAACUGCUCGCUGUGGAACCAGACGUCGUCGUCGGUGGAGGUGGUGUGCCAGGCGGGCUUCGACGGCGGGCUGGCGCAGCACUUCGUGCUGGUGCUGCACUCUGCGCGGGGCGCCCGCCUCAACCUGACGGCCGCGACGGCGCCGCGCUUCGCCCUGGCGGGGCUGCAGCCUGACCAGCCCUUCUGGCUGACCGUCUUCGCCGUCAACGCGAAGGGCCGCAGUCCGCCCGUCCUCAUAGAGGAGAUCACGCUCAGGGACCCCGAGAGGCGCACUGGAGCGCCAUCGCCGGUGCCCCUGCCGCUGGCGGUGGACCUGGCGCCAGUGGUGGCAGCCCUGGCUGUGUUGGCAGCCCUGCUGCUGGUGGCGCUGCUGCUGCUGUGGGUGCGGCGCGGGCCCCCGCCCCUCCUGUCAGCCGCGAAGGCGCCACCCGCGGGGGAGGCCGACCCCAACCCGGACCUCAUACCCGGCAGCGCCGCCAAGGCGCCGGGGGUCAGCGUCGCAGCUGGCUUCACACAUUUUGAAGAAGAAGAAGAAGAUGGAUUUCUACCAGACAAUGCUUGCCGCGACAAGGAAUACUACGAUGAAGCCACUGUCUCCACGCAGCAAACAAAAAGCAUGCGGCCUAACUACUGCGUUCAAGAACUAGCGCCUCACGCUUACUGA